AUGUCAUCUUCUAAGAACGACGAAAGAAACAGCAACAAUAGCCUCGAGACAGGGAUUGCUUCGGAGGAUCUUAUGUCUAAUGCCGGAGACUUCAGCAAAAAGAGACGUGACGAGGUUGCUGCAAAAGCAGAAAAAGCAGAAAAAGCAGCAAAGAAGAAGAUGGAAGACGAAAUUCGAGCAGCGUACGAGGCUAACAACGCCGUUGGUGAAACUGGAAAUAAUAGCAAGCAAAAAAGGCGGGGGAAGGGGAAGGAUUGUUUGGAGGUUUUCUAUGCGUCAGGGCAGAUUCCUAGUCUGUGGAAGUCUGCUUGCGUUGAUUUAGUUGUCUGCUUAUAUAUUGAAAUGCUAGCAGUACUUUCCUGUCGUUAUUCUAGUAAACAUGGGACGGCUGAGAUCUACAAAAACUUGGUAAUUUUAUACAAGAAGAGUCUCUUAUAA